AAAGUAACUUAAAAAUUAUCCCACAGUAUCCCCUUUUAAGCGAUGGAGAAUAAUUUGGUUAAAAGUAUCUACGAAGCGAUCACGAUCGGUGAUGAAACGAUGCUGGGAAAUUGCAUAAAACAAGCGACCAUCGAUACCGUCUUGGAGUUCCGGCGUUCAUACGGCGAAUCUCCACUGCAUUUGUGUGUGAAAAUCGGCGGUGUGAGUCAUCUCGGUGUAGUGCGUUGUUUAUUGGCGAGCGGAUUGUUUGAUAGUACCACCGUCGAUAGCGAAGGACAAACCGUUCUCCAGUGUGCUCUGGCUGAAGGUGGAGAUAGUGAGUUGGUUGACGCUCUGAUAAAAGUAGAAAUUGAUGGCCUGGAUGAUGCAACCGCUUGCUACAAGAUGUUAAGACAUGACUCAUUGCAGAUAUUUAGAACUUUUCUUAAUAUCAAGAAGCUUAAGGAGGAAGAAGAAUUCCAACACAUAGCGAGUGCGUUAAUUCAACUAAAUGUAAAGAAUGUGGUUUUGUCGGAAGAUCUGCGUCACUUCAUUCUGUGGAAACUGUCCGACUAUGGUUUUCGGAAGCUGUCCGGCAACUGGUCCGGAACGAAGGAUCCAAACGAAUGGAAAAAUCAUAUCGACGUUAUAAGCGAAUGUUGGAGUGUUAUAAAGCUGCAGUAUAAUACCCGACUGUACGCGGAUGUUGACGAUCAGUUCCUGCAUCGAUUGCAAACCGUGCACAACCAUCUGUAUUUUCUAAAGCACAAACAAUUCCUUGCUCAUCUGCCAAUGCAGGAAGCCAUAUUUUGUGUGGCCAUAUUUCUGUCCAUCUAUCGCAACCCGGAACAGUUUCAGGAGUAUCGUCUAAUGAUUAACAAAUGUCUGGUGAUCGAGUUUGUACGCAUGAUAAGCGAACAGUUGGCAAUAGUGAAAACGUAUCUGGAACGAACCGAAACGGAACUGUUGUCGAUAGUGAGAACAAUUGAAAUGUCUGGUACGGCAGAUAAAAAUAAACUGAUCAAGGAUCUGUUGAUGAAAAUGGAAUCUUCCAAUCUACCGAACAAAGCGCACGUGAUCCAACAACUGAAGGGACGAUCAGAAAUGGAUAGUACCGCUAGUAAGGAUAGCCUUAUCAAGGAUAUGCUAGAUAAGGUGAAACGAAUCGACAAACCGUGGACCGAAGAAAUGACCGGAAAGGUAAAAGCGUUAGAUAAAACGUACAGAGAGCAAUUGAUUGAGCAGAUCGGGAAACGUUUGCGUCACGUAUCUCAUCCACAAAAUGUAGUGAACCGGUUGAUGGGCGAUUGGAAAAAAGGAAAAGUGACCGAAACCAUCGUCGCAGACAUCGUGUCAGGUGAAUCUUUUAAUCUGGCUCAUCUAAUGCGUGGUAAAGAUCGUCGCAUCAAACGCAAGUUGCUUAAAUGUUACAGCAAAACCAAGCAAUACUACUCACUGCGCAAGACCUUGUUUUACUGUGGGAACAUUGUACCGAAUGCUAAAGAACGUACUCAAUCCACUUACGUCGAAACGGCGUGUAUGAAACGGACGGUGCAGGUAUUCGGCGAAGCUUUCAAGAACACCACCAACUCUGCCAAUAUGCCUGGAAAGGCUGCAGACGCUUUGGGUACAAUGCUGACCGAAUUAUUUCUCGUCAUGAAUAAAUCCUUUCGAGAAGUGUUUUCGCACAGUAUCUCCUUGAAGAAGCAGCUCUUACAAGAAUCGUUCGAUAGUCAGUUUUGCGACGGGCUCCGUUGGAACUUUGACAUCGUCAGAAUGACAUUUCAAAUACUGUAUGUCGUUGCCGUAAUGGUUGUAAAGCAUUCGUUUUACGGUUAUAUGCGCCAGUGUAACACUUUCAGGGAGCUGCGAUCGUUGGUACUCUACGUCGACGAUAUGGAAGCAUUGGAAAAGUCGUACCUCACUUGCUACAACCAGGUGACGCAAUAUUUCGAUAAAGUGAAAUCCACGUGCGAGGAGUUAGAAAAGGAAUCUGACAACAAAAUUCCCGAGUUUGAGAACUUACACAUGCAUAUGCGAGUAAAACAAAAGCUUGUAAAAAACUUCCACGAAUGCCUCCUACAAAACAAAGUCUUUACAUAUAGUGAUAUACGCAGAGCAUGUUUCUCUAGCGACGAUUUGGCUGCCGUCCGAAGGUUGUUGGAUUGGAAGCUUAACAUGAAAUGGACAAGCGAUUUCUUCCAGGAGGUGCGCACAUUCUGGAAAUCUCAUUACUUCGUAUCGAUGGAAUCGAUAGAAUUUAAGAAUCAACAUUUGUUGAAGUAUGAUCCUGCCUUAAUUACAAAUCUUAUGAGAGUUGGUUCUCUUCAGAUGGAUUGCGUCGAAGAAUUCGAAUACAUAGAACACACUCGUCAGUUUACUCAGGAUAUCGAAAUCCUGGACAAGAUCGAUGAGAAAGCGUUGCAGAAUCUCAAUGAACGUUUGAAAUAUUACUACAAUGAUAUCUUCAUCAUCGACAGAAAAUGGAAGGUACUGGAAACGUUCUGUAAGGAGCGUAAACUGUCCUGGAACAAGGAACUUUCCCGUGAGUUGAUCAAACGUGAUCUGGAUCAUUUACAGCAGCUGUACGACAAUAGUCGCAAUCAGUUGCUAGGAAUUCUGAAAACGUAUCGUCUAGAUACUGUUGACGGAUUGGUUACGCGGUUACACGAGCUUCCAACCCAUAUACUAAGUGCUAUUGAAUACAUCCAACUGGAGCUUUGCGAGAUGCUGAAAGCAGUCAAUUACUUUGGCGAUAGCUUCCAUUACCUGAUGAGUCGCAUUCCUAUGAUACAGGGGAAAAACUAUCGCAACUUAUUGGCCCAUGACGCCCUAUCCUAUAAUCUGCUAACGGACAGCUCAAUGGAGAAGAUCGUAAUUAAUGCAUUUGUGUUCUCCAACACCGAGUUAAAACUGUUCGGAAAUACUGGUGCUAACAAGGCGCAUAUUAACGUUCCAACAUUGUCCCACACGAAUCACUGGGUUGAUCUGCAGAAACAAUUGCUGGAAGCAUUCAAAAGAGAAGACGUCCAAGGGAUGCACAUGAUAGGACAGGAAGGCGGAGAAGUGAAGGCACGAUUUUGCUGUACGCGGAAUGAAUCAUACCUGGCUUCGGCUUUCUUUCAACUUCCAGAGCUGAUAACUCCUUCUAACACCGAUGUGUCAAUUGUAGAAUACCUGAAUCAAUACUUUCCCGAAUUUUUAGAGCGAUUUAAUGAUCCAAGAUACGAUAGUACAAGUAACCGUGGUAAUUGUUUGAUAUGGAAAUGGAUAUUUGAUUGGAAGGACGUUAAGGAUCUCAUUCAAAAUCUGAAUCUGUUCAUCCUUCCGGAAAGGAUCAUUCACAACGAUCAAGACCCUGUCGUCUUGAAAGAGCUUAUUGUGCACGGUAACACAUCAGGUGUUCGGGAGAUAAUACCGUACUUAAGCGUAAAUUCCUAUGUUUCGGACGUUUCUCACGCGUUAUACAAAGCGUUACUUUACUGUGUGCGUUCGGUUGCAGAUUUACUAAUACAACGAUUGGGCAUACCUCGUCCAGGGUUGCUGUUCCUUGCCAUUCUCUUGCACUGGAAUGAUUUCUUUACCACCAUGAUGGCUAAAGCUGAUAUUGAAGAGGAUACACAUAUAUAUUUACUCAUAUCGGCCGUCAUGUCGAGAAACUAUACCGCCACGGUUUAUCUACUGGAAAAUGAAGCAUUUACACACGUUAUUCCCGACGUAUUUCAGGAAUGCUGUGAAAUAUCGGCUCGCAUGGGUGACCAAUCCAUUUUGCAGUAUUUCAUAGAGUUGUGUCCUACUACAUUGAUUGCAAAUAAUAGUUUAGCUUCUAGCCUGCAUCAGGCAGCAUUAUCGCAGCAGUGGCACUGUGUGCAGCUACUGCUGGAGCGUGAUGUUCCGGUGGACACGAUAUAUGACACGUACCCGCGACAGAAACAAUGCACACUUCUUCUGCUUGUAAAGUACGGCCGAUAUCGACUACUUCGAAGAAUCAAAUCCAUCAAGAACGAGUUGUUCGUUACGAUUGCAAAACAUCCCUUUACUGUGGCAGUACAAAACCGUAUGACAUCGGACAAAAUGAUCCGUUCACUGCGCGCAUUAGGGUUCGAUUGGCUCGAUAGCUCAAAAACACUGCAAGCAGCGAUUCGAGAAAAGAACAAGAAUGUGUUUGAAACGAUCCAGAAGCUUGUAAACGAGUGUUGUGCGGAAAAUCCUUCCUCCGAUCUUGAUCACUUCCGACACGCGUUAAUGGUGCUGCAGCGCUGGAAAAUGAUUUCAUUCGUUGAGGAGUCAAAAUCGUACGGAUCUUCUUCGUUGUUUAGCGCUAUACAAGCGCAAGAUAAAGAUAUGGUACAAGAGUUGCUCAGCUGGGCGCGUGAAAUGCGUACGAUCGAGGAGCUAGGGAUUCUUGGCAGUAUUGUCUUUGAACGGGAGACAGUGUUCACCUGUUUCGGUAAAAGAAACAACGUGUCAAAGAUGUGGAAUACACGGGACAGCUGCGAAGAUAUGAUCACCCGGAUGGAAACCUGUGCAAUGUUGGGUGAGAUGAUAUGGCAACAGAUUACGCUAAACGCUCAGUCCUCGACCCCGGUCACGUUCUACGUGUUAACUACAGAGGAUGAACUCAUCGAGCUUCCCAAUUCAACUUUUGCUCUGCGUGACAAAGUGUCAUUGGAAGAAAAUUUAAAAGAUUUCCUAACGUUUGUCAAUGUCGCACUAAGCAACUUUACCAUAUUUUUUGCCAAGUUUUCUACGACCGAUGGAACUACGAGGUAUUUCUGGCAAAUCGAGCAAAUUAGCUGCAUGUACGACAUUCUUCCACCGUCACAAAAAGGCGUUGAUUUAACUGAUGUGGUCAAUUACAAAAAUUUGAAUGGUGAAACUGCAUUGCAUGUAUGUGUUUUGAAAAAUUCACUCGAAAUAGUAAAGCUCUUGGUGGAGAACGGGGCCAACCCACUGUUGGAGGAUAAAACAGGCAAGUCUCCCAUCACAAUUUCGCUGGUGCACACACUGGACUAUACACUAGCACGGUAUCUGCUCGAUGAGUGUGUUCGACGGGAUCUACGCAAUGAAAAGGGUUGUUCAGUGAUGGAGGUAUGUAAUCCUAUUUCUGGUGACAGAUUGAUACAUAACGCCAUAGCGGCAGGUCGACAAGAUAUCGUACAACGGUUAUUGGAACUUCGCGUCGAUGUGUCGGUGGUGAACGGUGCGGGUAUUACACCAGUGCAUUAUGCUGCCGCCAAUAAUGUCUACAACAAGUGUCGUAUAGUAAAAAUGAUUAUUGAGUUCGAAAAUCAAUGCGAAGCCAGCUCGAUAGACACCUUCGGACACGACGAUGACACUUUAAUACAAUUUGCGGCACGAAGGAACUCACUGCAACUGAUGCAGCUGGUAUUGCAGUAUAAACCCAACUUGACCUUGUGCCGUAAUGGUACGACGGCGCUUUUCAUGGCUAUCGUACUCAAGCACAUCGAGUGCGCCAAGUGUUUGGUUAAGCAUGCGAUCGAAAACAACAUCCACGGAAUCACACUAGCAGGAGAUGAUGAUCUCGUCCUACUUUCAUUGAUCUGCAACGACUAUGAUCUAUCGAAAAUGCUGCUGGAGUAUGAACUAGGGCACACAUUAGAGCAGGUUGACGAGCGAGAUCUACCUCGAAUUAAAUCCAUUCUUGAAGGGUCAGUCCCCAAAAUGAAAACCAUUGCUGCUAAAGUAGCACUCCAAAAUAAGUCAGAGCAGUUAGUAAUGCCGGACAUAUCGGUAUUUCGUGCAGUACAGAUCCUACAUUUAACUGAAUCGUAUAAAUUUUUGAUGAUGUUGAUGAUACUCGCUAUCAGGAUCAGCUCUCCUGUAAUCUAUUCUUAUGUCCUUGACGAGGUCCAGGUAAACCGUGUUAUGGUAAUCAAUUAAUUCACUUCACAAUGAGGAUCAUAUAGUAUCAUAUAGAUACAUAAUGUAGUCUGCUAGGCAUUUCUUCGUUCGAGAUUUCUCUGAUCCGUUGUGACUGUUUUGCACGCUGGUUAGGUCAUUAACGGUGUAUUGCUCUAUAGUCUGGGCCCCUAUUGCUCGGAUUCAUAUUGAGCGCUUAGAGCGAGGGCAGAGAUCCUUCGCCAGGUUUGCGGUUCGCAAAUUUCCGGGUGGUUCCUCUGUUGCCUUGCCUAACUAUUAUUAUUAUUAUGAAUCCAGGUGUCGUCUGCUCGGUAUUGACUCAAUCGAGAACCGCCGCCUUCAGGCACAAUCGCCUUAUUUGUUACUCGCUCUUGCUUGAUUGUAUUGAUUCGCCAACGUUGCUCUCAUCGAUUCCUCAAUAUAUUUCUUCCCAAUAUCUUCCUUCCGCUUCCGUCUAGGAUUUCCUUUUUAAUCCCUCCUGUCGUAUUGACUAUUAGUCUAUUGUAGCUAUUCUACUCUUGUAAUAUUAGUUUUAUAUUAACUUUAGCUUUACUUAAAGUAUUACUAUAUGUAGCCGUACGGCAAACAUACGUUAUUUAAUAAUAGUAAUAAUUAACGGUCAUCUUACUUAAAGACAUCAUUGGAUAAGCAUAUUUGUGCACGUAAAAUUGAUGGAAUAUGCGGGUAUAAGCAUUUUAUCCAAAACCUUCUCAGGAAGCAAGGAGAUUUUAAAUAAUUUUAUAAGAAGCUUUUUCUGU